AUGGCAUCCCAAAGCGUGUUUCGAAUUGUGGCUGGCGCCAACUCUUACGACUGGGGAAAGAUCGGCAAGAACUCCAAGGCGGGCCAAUAUGCUCGUGCAGACCCCGAGUUUAAGCUUCAAGAGGAGAAACCAUACUCUGAGCUCUGGAUGGGAACCCAUCCGACCCUGCCCUCCAAGCUUCAAUCAGGGGAGAAACUCUACGAUCAUCUACAAGCACACCCCGAACUUCUUGGGGAUAAAGUGCGCAAGCAAUACGGCGGCGAUCUCCCUUUCCUGUUCAAGGUUCUGGCGAUCGAAAAGGCCCUUAGCAUUCAAGCCCAUCCGAACAAAAAACUAGCCGAGAAACUACACAAUGAACGACCAGAUGUGUACAAGGGCACGUCCAAUCCAUGA